CGUGUCUCCUCCGCCUUUCUGUAUAUCGUCCUCCGCGAUCGUGCUCCUUUUCCAUUUUCUUCUUCCUCGCAGAGCUUCUGAUCUCUCUCUCUCUCGCGCGGCUCUGCGAUUGGUUUCCGUUCGGGUUUCGUUCUCCGUCGAACUUUCUAGAGCUUGCGGUCUGCGAGGGAGACGGGACUCUCUCCCUCUCUCUGUUUCUGUGGAUUUGGAGUGAAAUCUGAUUCUGCAGGAGCUUUUGGCGGUUCGUGGACGCAGUCGCUCGUUCUGCUGUUUCCGCGCCCUUUUUCCCUUUGGGAGAAAAUCGAUUCGGAGGACUUUUUGCGCUCGGGCACAGGUCAGGAUUUUUGCUGAAAUGGCUGGUGAGGCACAGAAUGAGGGUGCAGCAUCAAGUGCCUCGUUCACGGUUCCCAAUAAUUCUUCCAAAGUCGGGCCACAAUUGGAAGCUGUGGAUAAUCUGCAAGAGUUGCAAGCCCUGGAAAAUGACCAGACACCUAAGGUGAGGAAGCCUUACACCAUCACCAAGCAAAGAGAGAAGUGGACAGACGAAGAGCAUGAGAGGUUCCUUGAAGCUUUAAAACUGUAUGGCCGCGGUUGGCGUCAGAUAGAAGAGCAUGUAGGAACCAAAACUGCAGUUCAGAUACGAAGUCAUGCCCAAAAGUUCUUCUCUAAGGUUGCUCGUGGGUCAAGUAGCAGGAGCGAGGGUGCAAUUAAACCAAUCGAAAUACCUCCUCCACGGCCAAAGCGGAAGCCAAUGCAUCCAUAUCCACGUAAAUCUGUUGAUUCUAAGGAAGUGAAAUUGUCCUAUCAACAAGAGAGGUCUCCAUCUCCAAUCUCUUCGGUAGCAGAUGAAAACACUGGAUCUCCUACUUCAGUUUUGUCUGCUCAUGGUUCAGACAUGGUGGGAUCGGCAGCUUUGCAUCAACAAAAUAGAUGCUCUUCACCCACUUCAUGUACCACUGAUGUACCAUCUAUUGGUCUAGCUGCAAUUGAGAAGCAACCCGACUCAUUCAAAGAAGAAGAUAAAGGUUGUCUCUCCUCAACUAAGAUGCCAAGCGGUUUGACCUUGGGAAAUUUACCUUCACUGAAUUGUGAUUUGAGUUCCAAAAAUUCAUGUCCUGAGGGAAUUGGAGGCACUGAAGCCCCCUUCAUCAAGCUCUUUGGAAGGACCGUUUUGGUCACUGAAAUCCCAAAACCAGACCAUGCAGAUGCGGGCACUAAAAUAUCACAUGCAGAGAAGACUGGUGAAGAAGAUUCAGUUACUGAUGAUGAGGAAGUUGGUAAAUCUCUACCUUCAAAAGAAUUUGACACGCAGUUAUCUCUUGGACUAGCUUGUGGUAACAAUGGAUCCUUGCACUCUGGUGCCUAUGUUGCUCCUGCCAUGAAACUUCAGAAAGUGGAUGUUGAUCCUUCAGAGUUUACUUCUGAUUGUUUCUUGCAGUGGUGGCCUUUGUACCAAGGUCCACCCUGCAUCUAUUUCACUCCAUGUGACUCAACAUUGAUUCAAGGACCCUUAGAUUCUGACAAGGAUCGAAAGAUGGAAGUACAAGAAAUCUUCAAGGAAAGAUCCAGCGAAUCAAACGUGGUAGCAGACAAAACAGAAGGAUAUGGCGACAAUAAUGUAGAUAACAAUGCAGAUGGUGUUUUUCCCAAGUGCCAAAAACACGUGGAGCGGAGAACUCUCCCUGGCGACUGCAAGAAAGGUUUUGUGCCUUACAAAAGAUGCUUAGCAGAGAGAGAUGUCAAGUCUCCAGUAAUUGUUUCUGAAGAACGUCAGGCACAACGAACCAGGGUGUGUUCAUAGCACUACCUACUCGGUAAGACACGAUCUUAUCUGGUAGAGUAGAACCUGUUUAUAACUGAGCUGCAGGAUUCUUGAGCUCCCUCUGCUCCGCAAUUGUGUGAUAUUCCUCUACGUACUAGGGGGUAGGAGACGAAGUACACAAAUGUUUUUGACUUCUAAGUUAAGCAUAUUCGAUCAUUUCGAAAGAAUGACUGGAAGAAGUUUCUGCCUUUUGUAUCAACCAGAGCCUCGCCUAUCUUCUGACCUUUUCCUUUGAUGCAUAAAUAGUUAACAGUUGCUGCUAAAAGCAUCUCCUCUUUUGGGUUUUAGAAACAAUCACCGCGAUUGUAAUCUUGGGCUGAUUUUUGUUUCUAUCAUUUUUUGACGGAACAAGACUCCGUUUAUUCGAAA